AUGUCCGACGGCGAGCAGCAGGAGGAUGAAUUACUUGCCUUAGCUUCAAUUUACGACGAAAGAAUCUUUAAUCAGUCAUCAGAGGAGAAGGGAGGCCAGUUUAAUGUAUUCCUGGAGUUGCCUAAACCUUUCAAACUGAAAAUACAAUCUAGAUCUCUACCAAAACAUUCUACGAGGAAGGAGAUCGAAGCUUCCAAAAAUACUGCAGACGCAGCGCAAAAUACCAGGAACUACGAGAUAUUAGAGGCAGAGUACCUUCCUCCGAUUGUGUUGAAUUUUAGAUUCCCUGAAGAUUACCCUUCGAGUAGCCCUCCACUGUUUACGUUAUCAUGCAAGUGGUUAACUGUCUUUCAGCUGUCCAAGUUGUGUAAAUGUCUUGAUGACAUUUGGGCUGAAGAUGAUGGAGGAGAAGUAAUCCUUUUCAGAUGGACACAAUUUCUCCUUGAUGAAACUCUGGCAACGUUAAAUGUUGGCAGUCCAUUCCCUUUGCAGUACAAGAGGGCCCAUGCACAGAGCAACAAGAAAAGAAGAGGAGAUCCAAGAGCUUUCCAAGAUGUUGCCUCACACAAUAAAUUGGUUGGUGCUAUUUUAGAGUACAACCAACAAGAAAAGGAAAGAGUUUUUUGCAGCAGCUAUUUUACAUGUAAUGUUUGCUUCAGUGAAAAACCGGGAUCACUUUGCAUGGAAUUCCAUGACUGUGGGCAUGUGUACUGUGUGGAUUGCCUUGCAGGCUACUUUAAGGUACAGAUCGAGGAUGGGGCAGUGAAAGCGCUGAACUGUCCUUCAGAAAAGUGUGAAUCUCAAGCUUUGCCCUCUCAAGUUAAGCAGCUUGUUAGUCCUGAAUUGUUUGCAAAGUAUGACAGAUUUUUGCUACAGUACAGCCUUGAUGGAAUGGCAGAUAUAGUUUACUGUCCUCGGCCCUCAUGUCAGACUGCUGUCAUGCUAGAAAGUGAAUCAUCCAUGGGUGUUUGUCCAUUGUGUUCCUUAGCAUUUUGUGCAUUUUGUAAGCAUACUUACCAUGGGGUUUCUCCUUGCGAAAUUAAGGGUAGUGAUGCAAGGAAGCUAACAGAAGAAUACUCUGCAGCUUCCAGAGAAGACAAAGAAUUGUUAGAAAAACGUUAUGGGAAACGAAAGCUUCAGAGGUUGUUAGAUGAAGUGGUCUCGGAAGAAUGGCUAGAUGCUAAUGCAAAGCAAUGCCCAUGUUGCAAAGCAAGCAUUCAAAAGAUUGAUGGCUGUAACAAAAUGACAUGUCUAAAAUGUCGGACAUACUUCUGUUGGCUGUGCAUGGCAAACCUACCACGCAGUAAUCCAUACCAGCAUUUCAACUCUCCAGGUAGUGGCUGUUUCAACAGGUUGUUUGAGGGUAUUGAUGUGGAUGAGGAUGAGGACGAUGAUGACUGGUGGUUUUGAAUUCACAGAUUAAAAUCACUGUUAUCAGUGAAUCAAUAGCAUUCCAAUUUCUGUUCAAAAAAUUUCAAAGAACACUUAGUUAGAUUUUGUUUAAAAUUUUCAUUGAUUACCUUUGUAGAAGAUGAAUUAAUGGUAAACUAGGAUGUAAGAUUUUUUUCCUUGGUUAGCUGUAGAAUAGAAAAAAUAUUAUCCUAAGUAAGAAAUUGAAUAAAAACUGCAAACAAAUGUAACAAAAAUGGUAGUUCUUCCAGCCAGAUUGUUGCCUGAAUUUUUCUAAGAUACAUGAUGAGUUGCAUGUAACAAAGGCUAUGUAAAAAAUGUUUUGAUUUCAUUAAAAUUUAAUUUUUUCUUUCAA